UCACUAAACCUAAGUCAUCCAGCAUCAUUUACAUAGAAACAUUGUUCAGCUAUGACCAACCUUUCCUUUAUGAUGACUUUUCUUCUCUCCCUCUUGUUGUCCUUCUCUUGUCAAAGCAUAAUAAUCGAGGCUAGAGAAGGCAAAGGAUGUCCUCCUACUCCUUCCCCUUCAAUGAUAGAUACAAAAGAAGGAGUCAACAAAUGUCCUCCUAAUCCUUCUCCUUCGAUGAUGGAUUCAGAAGAAACAGUCAACAAAGUAUGUCUGGACCGUAAUGGACAAAACACCGAAUGUCACUGCAAGUGUCCUAAGCAUAAAACUCAUACUCCUUCUCCUUCUCCUUCGAUGAUGGAUUUAGAAAGAGCCAACAAACAAUCCACGGACCAUAAUGGACAUAGGGGUAAAUGCCCUCCUAGUCCUUCCCCUUCAAUGAUAGAUUUUGAAGGAGUACUUAUCAAAGAAUGUAUGGACAAUAAAGGACGUAUAAAUAAUUGUCAUUGCAAGUGUCCUAAAUCAAAAGCUCCUACUCCAUCUUUCCAUGAAUGAUUAUGAUACUUUAAACAAAAUGUAACCCAGAAAUAUAUUUUCUUCAAUAUAAUAAUAUUAAUAAAAGGGUAAACAUUUUUCUCUA